AUGUCCUCGAUGGCCAGAACGUUACCCGCAGAGGUCGUCUGCGUGUGGGAAGGCGGUCUGUUCAAGACCGAGCGUGUAAACGGCUUUUUCGAUGCAUUCAAACAUGUCGCUAGGGCAGAAGGCGUACGAGGUCUCUGGAAGGGCGCCGGCACGACUCUUGUCAUUGGUGUUCCCUCUUCCUCGGCUUACAUUCUCACAUAUGACCAUCUCCUGAAUGUCAUGCUACCACCUCUAAUACCCUCGCAGACCAUGGUACCUCUUUUCGCUGGUGUUAUAGCUCGAUCUGCUAUAACUUCAAUAAUGUCGCCGUUGGAACUUCUCCGUACCAACUUGCAGUCAACUCCUCUCUCGGCAGACAACCCGCACACCGUGCGCUCAGUGCUGAAUUCAUUUCGCACUCUGGUCCAGCAACAAGGUUUUACUAGUUUAUGGCGCGGCCUCGGUCCUACAUUAUGGCGAGACGUCCCGUUUUCUGGUUUCUAUUGGGCGAGCUACGAAACAUGGAAGCGCAAUUUUGGAAAAUAUGGUUACUCUGGAGCUUGGGUUGCUUUCCUUAGUGGUGCUAUUAGUGGAACUUCUGCAGCAUUGAUUACUUCGCCCUUCGAUGUGCUCAAGACGCGGAGACAGGCUCUCAUAAUGUCAUCCUCUAACCACCAUGUUACGCGCACAUUGCCACUUCUUGUUCAGCUUAUUCGUGCCGAGGGAACAUCAGCCUUGUUUACUGGUCUCACCCCGCGCAUUGCCAAAAUUGCCCCUGCCUGUGGCAUCAUGAUUGCCUGCUUCGAGGGCGUCGGUAAAUUCCUCACAAAACCGUCAUAA